AGCAAAUGGAGGCAUCUAAUUUCUUGCAUCCAAAGCUACACGCUCUACCCUGCUCCUCCUUUUGCCAAGAUCUCCUGGAUUCCUUUGAUCGCUUAUAUAUAGCUCUUGCCGUGGCCGAGACCCAUUCCUUCCUCCCCUCCGAUCCCUCUGCUCCGUCACCAUUGUCGCUUGGAACAGAUGCCGUGCGAUCGCUAGAUUUCUUGGAGGGGUUGAUCGGGUGUAUUGCAUGAGGACAGUGUAGGUGUCGUGCGAGGAGGUGUAGACGAUGAACCUGACGUUGAGUCUGGACAUCAACGGCGGCACGGCCAAGAAACGCAAGGUGCGGGACGGCGUUGCUGACGAUGUUGGUGGCGACGGUGGAGAUCGCGGCAGGGCCAUGAGGCUUCUGGAGGCGAGGGGACGGAUGAUGGCGAGGCUGGAAUUGUUCGAUCCGAGGGUGGUGCCUGAUGACGACGGUGCUGGCAGCGGCCUGCGGCUGAUGCAUCUGUUCGUCUCGUCGGUGGCCGCGGGGGAGGCUGGCGACGCGCACGCGGCGGCCGCGGCGCUGCAGGAGGUCUCCUACCGGCGCGCAUCGUUCCGCGCGGGCGACCCCGCCCAGCGUGUCGCAGCAUACUUCGCGGACGCAUUGGCGUCGAGGCUCCUUCAGUCGCCGGUGGCGGCCUCGCCGCCGACGCGCGCCGAGCAGUUCCUGGCCUACACCAUGUUCUACCAGGCCUCCCCGUUCUACCAGUUCGCGCACUUCACGGCGAACCAGGCGAUCGUGGAGGCAUUCCAGGACUGCGGACGGCGGCGCCUCCACAUCGUGGACUUCGACGUGUCGUACGGCUUCCAGUGGCCCUCCCUGAUCCAGUCCCUCUCCGACGCAGCCGCCACGAGCACUAGCAGCUCCAACGACGGCGACUGCGAAGAGCCGGUAUCCCUGCGGAUCACCGGCUUUGGCACGACCGCCGACGAGCUGCGGCAAACGGAGGCGCGGCUCGCGCGGUUCGCGAGCGGCUGCCCCAACCUUCGGUUCGAGUUCGAGGGCGUCGUCAACGGACCAAACAACGGCCGCCAUGACCGCAUCAAGACCGACGAUGCCGCGACGGUCGUCGUCAACCUGGUGCUCACGGCCGCACAGAACUCAAGGACGUGCUCAAGAGAAGCGUGCAGCGCAGUGGCUCGCAUCCGCUCCCUGAACCCGUCAUUGGUGUUCUUGGUAGAGAAAGACGAAGGCGGCGGCACUGGCAGCAGCCUAACCGGCGGCAAUGCAACGUCGAGACAACGCUCAAGCCUGCUUCCACGGUUCACGGCCAGCCUCCGGUACUUCGCCGCGGUGUUCGACUCGCUGCACGAGUGCCUCCCGGCGGACAGCACCGAGAGGCUCGCCAUCGAGAGGAACCACCUCGGCAAGGAGAUCAGCAACGCAGUGUUUUCUUUAGACCAUCACCAUGGCGAUGAUCACAUGGCAGCUGAUGAGUCUAGUAGCAGUGCUAGUUGGAAGGAGAUGAUGGAGGCCGUGGGGUUCGAGGGCGUGAAGUUGAGCUCAAGAACGGUGAGCCAGGCGAAGCUGCUGCUGAAGAUGAAGAGCGGGUGCGGUGGCGCCGGCGGCGGGUUUCAGGUCAUCGAGGGUGACGGCGGCAGGGCGAUGUCGCUGGGGUGGCGAGACAAUGCUCUGAUCACCGCGACGGCGUGGCGGCGCCGGCAAUGCGAGCCGGUGAUCGAUCAACAAGACAUUCCAUUAGGGUCAAUGGAGCCUGUUCAAGAGUGGACAAGAAACGCAUGUCACAUCCCAGCGCUGCUCAGCCCGGAGUCCACCCCAUCGGAGAGAUUCCAUUUUGGCAGGUGGAAUGGAACCGAUCAGCCAGCCAACUAGCCAACCAGACAUGCAUGGCUGGGGUCAUGGAUCUGCAAUGGAAUUAUAUAUUUAUCCGGUCUCAGCCGGCCGCGAUCGCUUUUGGCUUUGCUCAUGCGAGAUCUCUCCAAAUCCGGUCUUGUCCUCGUCGAUCGCGUCUGGAGCUUCCUGGCUUGUCGUUUGCAGGAGUGCAGCGGCAAAAAUGCGCAUAUUUAGCUCGACGCCACAGAGAGAGAUUUCGCGGAAUAUCCCAGUGCAAAUGCACGCAACAGCGACCUCCAAAAUGGCCCGUGGUUUGUGCUCAAAAUAUUCAGACAGAGAUGGUGUUGCUGGACAGGUUGAUUCGUCUGCAAGAUGCCAACAUUGUACAUGCGCUCCUUGUCGUGGUGAUUAUUUCCUUGGAAAUACUUAUGCGACGAUGUGCUUUUAUUAUUCGGGGGACUUGGAAGGGACUACUCAAUUUGGUGACAGCUUUGGUUGAAAGAUGAAUUACUAUGUGCAGUUGUAGGUCAGUGUAGUAGUGUUUGUUGGAUCUGCCUCCGCCAUCGGCCUCCUCCUCCUCUACGUCCUCUGUCGUCAGCUUCCUCCUCCUCCGCGACAUCCACACGCGCGGCAGACACAGGCGCGA